GAUCAACAUAACGUGAUACAUUUGACCAAAAUCAAUAGUAUUCAUAAAACUGCAUCAAGUCUCAAGUCCCAUAAGUACCAAACUCAGCUAACUUCAUACUGGAGUUCUUGGAAUCAUCGAUCUUGUGAUGCACUGUCGAGUUCCUAUGAUUCGUGAAUGCUGGCAAUGAGGUCAGUACUAAUCCUAAUUCCAUUAUCAUACUCGAAUAGACAACCAUGCACAUGCAAUGCUUUAGGUACAUUAUUGGGUACAUUGUGAGGCGCACUUGAGCUUAUGAUUCUUGUUUACUUUGAGAAUCUUGCAUAUUUCAUCUUACAAUGGGGUCCUGUCAUCGACCUAACUAGCACACCACCACGAUCACCAAUUUAUAACAUGGUUUCCUCCAGUGGAAAACAAGGUACCACACGCACUACACAGCUGUGGAGUACCAAUCUCCAUACAAUCCAGGAGUGGCGAUCCAUGACUUCUUUACAACUCAUGAGUGAGGGUCCGCGACCUCCUUACAAUUCAGGAUAGGGGAUCCGUGCAUAAAAUACUCCCUCACUAUGGGGAGUGAGGUGACCGUGUGCAGCUAGCUAAGCAAGGUCUAAUCUUUCCCUGACUGAUUAAUUUGAUACCUUAAUCGUACUUGCUCGAUCAAUCUCUCACACGAUGGAGAGACUUACUUAACCUUAUCGCUCUUACUUAACUUGAGAAGUUUGAGCUUAGUUAAGGUGAUCUCCGGGAAUAUCUAAACUUAUUAACCUUCACCUGACUAGUUUAGGAUUGAACUUAUAUUUGCUUGGCUUAAAACGUAGUUCAAUGAUACUAUGUGCAUAAAGUAAAACCUGAACGUGAAGAAAUUACCUUAACAUGGAAGCAUAUAAAGAAUAAUUGAAACAUUAAACCAGAACUGAAAUGCAUAACAUGAAUUUAAAUGCAUAGACCGAUAACGAAAGUACUCUAGCCCUUUAACCACGCACCUUAGCCGAUCGACAUGAAUUCGUGAGGUAUCAUUUCUAUCCAUGUCCAUUCCUUCUGAUCGCUACUUGAUCACGUACGCCUGCAUGUAUAUAUGACCAAACCACCUUAAGAAUCCAUGCACCUCUCGUUUUUAUUCAUUGGGGUUUCUUUUAAACUUCGCCGUGGAUGUCUCCUCCAGUGACCUUUGGCAGCUUCAACCCCCUGUUGGUUUGAAAUUUUCUUCCUAUGAAGGCUCCACAAUUCCAAUAGAUCCCCGUAAUUGCAGCAAGCAAUGAUAUCGCUCUUGUCCUUCCUCCUCAACUGGUCGGCCCCAAGAGGUGGACCAAAGAAAGAGGCUGCUGGCUCCUCGGCCGCGAUCCAACUGAACCACUACCCGGCAUGCCCCGACCCAGACCGAGCCAUGGGUCUCGCCCCGCACACAGACUCCACCCUCGUCACCAUCCUCCACCAGAGCAACACCAGCGGGUCGCAGGAGCUGAGGGCCGGCGGAGGGACUGGAUGGGUUACGGUCCCUCCGAUUCGAGGCGGGCUGGUCGUGCACAUCGGCGACCUGCUCCACAUACUGUCGAACGGGUUGUGCCUGAGCGUGGUCCAUCGGGCCAUGGUUAACCGGGACCGGAACCGGAUAUCGAUUGCCUACCUUCAUGGCCCACCUUCGAAUGUGAGAAUCUCGCCCGUGCAAAAACUUGUGGGGCCAAGUCAACCUCAAAUGUAUAGGGCAGUGAGUUGGAGUGAGUACCACAGGCUCUUCUAGUGCGUUUCGAAUUCAUUAUGAACAGCAGGCACGUCUGAAUCUCAACCUCUUUCAUAAUGCUUACCAUGUUUGUGAUAGUUAUGCCAUAAGAAAAGAGGAAUGUAGCUUGUCAGCAUCGAUUUCCAUUCUUUGCAGCAAACUCAUGAAAUAAUACCAACUCAUCUAUGCUUGUUUUAAACAUCCACCAAUCUAAAGCCACUGGCCUAAUGGAGAAAGCUAAUGAACGGGACCUCAAGAU